AUGGCUCCCCGUGUCUUCCUCAUAACUGGAUGCUCUACUGGCUUUGGCGAGGAGUUCGUCAAGGUCGUUUUGCAAAAGGGUGACUAUGUUGUCGCAACUGCGCGCAACUCUUCCAAACUAUCCUUCGAUGGUGCCAACGACUCCAACAGUCUGCUUGUGGACCUCGAUGUAACAAAGAGAGAAUCCAUCGACAAUGCCUUCGACGCGGCUAUUAAGAAAUUCGGAAAAAUCGACGUUGUUUGCAACAAUGCCGGAUACGGUCUCAAUGGGCCUUUUGAAACGUUGUCGGAAAAGCAAAUCAGACAGCAGAUGGAGAUCAACUUUUUCGGUCUCAUCGAUGUCACAAGGAAGGCCAUGGAGACUAUGCGCGACAGGAAGACCGGAGGUGUCAUCCAGCAAGUAACAUCUAUUGGUGGUCAGAUUGGCGUGCCUAAUUUCUCCAUCUACUGUGCCAGCAAAUGGGCAGUCGAAGGAUUCACAGAGGCAAUCUCCAAAGAAGUGAAGCCUGAGUGGGGAAUAAAGUUCACUUGCAUCGAACCCGGUGGUUUCCGAACCGACUGGUCAGGUCGUAGUAUGGACUUUGGAGAGAUCUCAAACCCGGCAUACGCGGACGUCGACCCAAAGAAGCAGGCUCAAGGGCGCCAUGGCUCCCAAGCAGGAGAUCCCGCCAAGGCUGCCAAGGUCUUCUACGAUCUAGCAGUCAUGGACGAUCCGCCUAUGCGGUGCGUAGUCGGCACCGACGCAUACAGUCUCAUCAACAAGAAGCUGGAUACGUACAAUGAAAGCGUCAAGAAGUUCGACAAAUGGAGUAACAGCACCGACGUCGAAGGUUACAAGGCGCCCAAUUAG